AUGUCUCAACACGCAUUAUCUGACCAGCAGGUCAACAAUGAGCUCAGCAAGAUGACUGCAUUCAUCAGGCAGGAGGCUAUGGAGAAGGCCCGUGAGAUUGAGAUCAAGGCCAAUGAGGAGUUCGAGAUCGAGAAGUCCAAGCUCGUCCGCCAGGAGACCGACGCCAUCGAUACGCAGUACGAGAAGAAGUUCAAGCAGGCAACCAUGUCGCAGCAGAUCACACGCUCCACCGUCUCGAACCAAACCCGUCUCAAAGUUCUAGGAGCCCGCCAAGAGCUCCUCAACAGCAUAUUCGACGAGGCCCAGAAGAAGCUUGUUGAAGGUGCCAAGGAUAAGACCAAGUACCAGAAGACGCUCCGUGGGCUCAUCUUGGAGGGCUUCUACGCACUGCAUGAACCAGAGCUCCAGGUUCGCGCGAAAAAGGCAGAUUUCGACGUCGUGAAGAAGGCAAUCGCCGAAGCCGAGAAGGACUACAAGAAGGAGGUUGGCAAGGAUAUCAAGGGUACAAUUGACGAGUCGCAGCCCCUUGCUGAAGGCCUGGCCGGCGGCGUGGUUAUUGUAGGUGGCAAUGGAAAGAUUGAUGUUAACAACACUUUUGAGGCUCGACUGGAACUUCUUCAGGACUCUGCCGCCCCCGCUGUGCGGGAGGCGCUGUUUGGAAAGAAUCCUAACCGCAAAUUCUUCGACUAA